UAUACAUAUAUAUAUAUAAACAUACAGCUCUAGGGCACAAAAUAUAUCAUUGGUUUAUCUAUGUUCUACCUCUAGACUUCCCAAUCUGUCAACUAUAAAUUGUCAAAUCAUACGAUGAUUUCCUCAUUUUUUUAAAUGUGUAACGUCUAGUCUUAAGUGAUUUUUGUUAUUCAAUCAAGAAAUAACGAAAGAAGACGAAGAAAAACUAGAAACAAAAAGGAACAGAACUGAACACAUAUAUAUUCAUAUACAUUUAUAUAUACAAAUGUAUAUAGAUGUAGUUACUUCCAUAUCGAAUAUAUAAUAUCAUUACUUCAUCAUCUUCAAUUCAUUCCAAGAAAUAUUGUAUUCACUUUAUCAUUUACCACUGUGCUUUCAGUGAAUAAACAAUUACACAUAUAUCAUAUCCAUCUAUCUAUCUAUCUAUACAUAAUAUAUUGAACAUAGUAACAAAAAUAAGAAAACAAUUAUGUGGAUGAAAGAUUGUGAUCAAUGUUCUACAGCAAAACUUGGAGGUUUACAAAUAUGGAUGCAACAUUUAACUGAUGAACAUGCAAUACCAACUGAAUGGCCUAGUGAUAGAGCAUCACGUUUAACUGGUUCUAAUGCAUUACGUCCAUAUACAACAAUAGCUGAAUCUAAAAAGAAACGUAGAAAAGAUAGUAUACCAAGACCAUUGAAUAGUUUUAUGCUAUUUGCGCAACAUAUUCGUCGUAAUGUUCUACGUGUUUUCAGUGAUGCAUCAAAUUCUGUUAUAAGUCAACAAUUAGGAGAUUUAUGGCGUACUGUUCCAAGAAGUUGCCGUAAUCAAUACGAUGAUGAAGCGAAUAGAUUAGUGAAAAUUCAUCAAAUUGAAUUUCCCAAUUAUAAAUAUCAACCUAAAAAACGACAAAUCACAUCAUCGUCAUCCUCCUCCUCCUCAUCGUCCUCAACAACAACAACAACAACAACCGCCACCACAACCACUGCGAAUACAUCAAGGAGUAAUAGUGAUCAAAUGCGUAUGGUUAAUCCAAAUCAGUUCCACAACACCACACACACUCUUACUCAAUCAUCUAUAUCAAUGAAUAGUAUACGAGAGGAUCAAUUGAUAACAUCAAGCAAAUUAUUAUCAACCAAUUUACUUAAAACUAGUACAGACUACAAUGUUGUUUAUUCUUCUUCUUCUUCGUCUUCAUCGGCGUCUUCUUCUUCUUCUUCCUUUUCUUCAACUGUAACAAAUAAACUACCAACUUUGUCUAAUCGUAAUUAUUCCAUACCCGCUAUAUCAUCUAUGAAUAGUUCUGUUGUUAAGGGUCAAACUACCAAUGAUAAUAAUGAAUUGAUGAAUAAUUUUAUGACAAGUCCAUCCAAAUUAGUAUGUAAUACAAUUUAUGCUAAAUUAGAACCGAAACCAUUAAGUGUGAAUAUUAUCAAUACUACUAAUAAUAGUAGUAUACCUAUGAAUAACAAUAAUAAUACUACUACUAACAGUAGUCAAACCUUAUCAUUCAAACCAACUAUACAUAGUUUAUCAUCAGUGUUACCACCUCUUAUAACUUUGUCAUCAAAUCAUCAUCAUCAUCAUGCACAUCAUCAUCAUCAAACAAAUGGAUUAAUGAAUGAACAAUUUUCACUUGGUAUAUGUGAUUCAGCCUAUGCAUCUGGAAUUAAUAGUUCAUCAUCAUCAUCAGCAGCAUCAUCUCCAGCUGUAGGUGAAUUAAUUUCACCAGCAAAAUCAUAUUCAUCAACUUUUUCAUCACUUUCAUCAUCAUCAUCAUCAUCAACAUCAUCAUCAUUAUCCAAUAUGAAUAUAAAACAAACGAAACAUUCACCAAUACGACGUAAAAUUCAUUUUAUACCAAUUAGACCACAAUCACAACAAUUACCACCUGUUGGUAAUCAACCAACACGUCAACGUUUUCUUUCUGCAAAUAAUGGUAUUACUACUAAUAAUACUACUAAUAUUACUACUACUAAUAAUAGUAAUAUAUCAACUAUUGGAAAUGGUUAUAUUCAAAUGAAUGGUUUUCAAUUUAAAUCCAACUCUGAAAAUGUUAUUAUACUUCCAAGAAAAUUAAAUGAUUUACAUGUUGAACAAAAAGAUGAUCAAUUAACUGAUGAAUUCAUGAAUGAUACUCUUAUACUUCAAGAGAACAAUGAUAAUAAUGAUAGAAUGGUAACAACUGAUAUUCUAACACCAGUUUAUAUUCAAUUAGAUCAUGAAGGACAAAAUCCACUGACAGAAGGUUUAAUGUUAACUUUACCACCUGGUACAACAUUCAUUCAAGCUAAUCAUGAUUCUAUGAAUCGUGGUAUUCCAUUGAAUAAUAACAAUACAAUAUCAAAACGGUUUUAUAUUACGAAUGGUAAUCGUAUGGUACCAGGUAUAUCGAAAUCGGUACAAAUUUUACAACCAUUAAAAGUAAUGAAUGUGAUACAUCAUCAUCAUCAUGUUCAUCCAAAUCAUUCAUCAUCUUCAACAACAACGACAACAACAGCAACAACAACACCAUCAUCAUCAUUACUAUCAUAUCCAGAACCUAUUCUAUAUAGUCCAUUAAUGAGUAGUUCAGAAUUAUUAUCGUCAUCAUCAUAUAGUUGUAAUUCAUCACCGAAUUCAAUUGUAUCACCAUUAUCUGGUGAUGUAUUUCUACCAAUGCAACAAGUUGAAAUGAUGUCAAAUUCUACACAUUUCAAUACAUAUGAUCAACAAUCAUCAUGUAUGGAUAUAUAUCAAUUUAAUGGACAAAAUCAAUUAGAUAUGUGUAUAGAAGAAGAAGAAGAAGAAGAAGAAGAACAAAGGGUACACGAAGAAGUAGAAGAAGGAGAACAAAUUCUUAUUGAUGAAAGAAGAAUGACACAAAUUCAUUCAAAGAAUUUAGAUACAAUCACCAAUAUUAUUAGUAUAGAUGAAUGUAUGGAUGCUGUAAAUAAUGAUACAUUUAUAAGUAAUACAAAUUCUUCAGGUAUUCUACAUAAUUGGUCAUCAAAUUUACCAUUUAGUGAAUCCGUGGUAAUGUCAUCUUCAACAUCAACAUCAUCAUCAUCAGGUUCAUUAUUAUCAUCAACUGGAUCAUCAUCGUCGUUGCCAUUAACAACAACAAAAACAAUGAUCACUAUGAAUAAUAAUAAUUAUGAUCAUAAUGAGCAUGAUGAGGGUAUAGGUGCCUCAAAUCGACAUCUACCAUUAACUAUUGAUAUUAUGAAAUCAACAAAUGAAAAUUUCAUCACCUUAUCAUCUACAUCUUCAUCAACGAUCACUACUUUAAAUCCUCCGCCUAAUCAUCAUCAUGAUCAUCAUCAUCAUCCACAUCAUCUUCAUCAUAAUAGCAGUAUAUCUAUUGAUAAUGAUUUAAAUGAUACUGAUUUCUCUAUUACAAAUGAUAAUGAUAAUUUUGAUUCAAGUUUUGAUGCAAUGAUGAAUUCGAUUGAUAUUACAACUUUUCUACCUGGUACAUUUCAAACAAAUGAAGAACAAGAUCAAUCAAUACAUAAUGAUUAUGAUCAUGUACAAUUAAAUUCAUAUCAUCAUAAUCAACAUGAAUUCAUGAAAAUGGAUGAAUUUGAUGAAUCAUGUCAUAUAAUCAAUGAUGUCAUAGCAACAACAACAAUAACGUCAGCAACAACAGUAGCAACAAUAGCAUCAUCAUCAUCAUCGUUUAUGAAUAAACCGACUAAUUCACAAUUAUACAAUGUUAUUAGAUCUGAUAUUGAUUUGAUUCAUUAUAAUCAUUUAGAGAAUGAAAAUCGUACAGUACGUAUUAUUUCACCAUUACAAAAAAUUGGUAAACAAUCAUCACUUACAUAUUCACAUCCAAUAUCAUCAUCAUCAUCAUUACAAGGAACACAAUGUUCCAUCUCUCUAUCAUCAUCGUCAUCGUCAUCCUCCUCAUCAUCGUCGUCAACUUCAUCGGUAUUAAGAAUGAAUUCAUUACAUGAAUUAUUAAAUAAUUCACCACAAGUAUGUUCAUCUACAUUGGCAGAUUUGGAUUCAUUAGAUAAAUCUAGUUUAUUUAUUAUUAAACCAGAAUGGUCUGUAUUCGCUUAAAACAAUAUGAAUAAUCAUCAUCAUGAAAUUAUUGAACUAUUGAUUCAUACAACUUGUACAUUGAAUUGAUUUAUACAUAAAUCUAUCCACAAGUCUAUACAAUCUAUUCUUUCCCUCCUCCUCCUUCUUCUUCUUCUUCUUCUUCUCUAUUUGUUUCUCUGGGCAUAUCCUAAUUAUAUAACUCAGGUGGUUUAUCUCAGUUACAUUUUAUUUAUCCAUGUUUUUUUUUGUUUUUUUUUUGGUACUCGUUCAAUUUAGUAUUUUUCAAUCCAUUUCAACAUUUUACUUUUUUGUUUGUUUUUUUCUACUUUUGGUUUGUUUGUUUUUUUUAAAAAAUUUUCCAAACAAAUCGUUUUCUUUACAUAAAAUUUUGUUGGUGUUAAAAGAACAAAACACAGGUAAUAUACAAUUUUUGUGUUUCCCCACUCCACACCCCAACCCCUACCCCCCAAUCCCCAACACCCUCCCCCCUUCAUCAAUUUAAUAUCUUCAUAUAUUCUUAUUGUUAAUUAAAGCAUUUAAACAAAUCAAUAAAUCAAUAAACAAACAAGUCAUAAAUCUUAUUGAUUAUUGAAUAAUAAUAAUAAUAAUAAUCAUAAUAUGUGCAUUAAAUUAUUUUGUACACAUGAUAAUUCAAUGAUUCAAUUUUGUUGCCAUGCUCCUUUUUUAAAUAAAGAUCUUUUCAGGUUGUACAGUAUAACACACAGACACACACACACACACAAUCAAUAUUUUCUCCUUGUGCUUUCUUUAUUCAAUAAUAAAGUCACUUUUUUUGUUUUGUUUUUUGUUUUUUUUAAAAAAAAGUAAAAUGGAACUUACAUCAUCAAUAUAAGUAGUAUGGUUAGUAGUCAUAGUAGUUGUAGUAGUAUAAAUGCUACUUUAAGUGUUGGAUACUAAAGUUUUCUUAACCGUCUCUUUUGUUGUUGUUGUUGUUGCAUUAUAACUUUUGAUAAGAUUGAGAUUUAGUGAAUACAUCUAUACAUAAAUCUAUUGAUCAAUUGAAUAUCUCAGGACAAUUCAUUUCUAUUUUAUGCUUUACUACGUAUAGUAGACAGUUUUACACAAACACACACACACACACUCUCUCUCUCUGUCUCUGUGUCUUUGGUUAGUUACUAUUUCAGCCUUUUAUUGAUAUAAUCCUACCAUGUAGUAUUAUUAAUAACCAUAGUAACUAUCAACAGGAUUGUUUCAGUUUUAUUAAAUUGUACAGUAUUCAUUCGAUUCUUGUUUUUUUUUUUAAUAAACUUUAUUUUCUAUACAAAUGAACAAUGAUUUUCAUUAUAUGAAUAAAAUAUUUGUUGACUAGUCAGGUAAUUCAUUGAAAUCAAGGAUCUUGUUUUCUUUUCUUUUCUUUUUGUUUUGUUUUUCUAUUUCGGCGGGGAACAAAAUUGAUCCUUUUUCAUUCACUGUCUCAGGUGACUUCAUUAUUAUGAUUAUUACGUAAUAUUUAGUUACUUAGUUGUAUGUUCCAUGAAACUUCUUUUAACGAAUCUAAUUAUUUUUUGAAAGCAUUUUAUUUUUUUUCUUUUUAAAAAAAAUGUGUGUGUGUGUGUGUGUGCGGUUCCGCAUUCUUUUUUGGGACAUAGAAAUCGAUCAACCGACCGAUCAAUCAGUUCCCCCCUCCUUCUCUUUCCCCCUUCAUUCAACGAUACACUUAUGUAUUAGAAUGAACUGAUAAUAAUAAUAAUAAUAAUAAUAAUAAUAAUAAUAAUAAUAAAGGACCUUUCAUAUUCAGGGUUAUUAUUACAAUUAUAUAAUCGAUAAUAAUCUUUUUUUUUUAAAUUGUUGUUGUUGUUGAUUUCUUUAUUGGCUUUCUCUGUUUGUUUGUUUAUUAUUAGUGAUUUUAAUGAAUGAUUAUGAUGAGUAUGGUUUUAUUACUGCUGAAGUUUGACAAUCAUAAUGAUGACGUUCAUUCUAUACUACUUAUAUACUACUUAUCUUUACAUCAUUUGUUAUAUACAUUUAUAUACAUAUGCAUAUAUCUAUGAUAACCAACAUUGUAAUAUUUUAUGAAUUGCCUUUUCUUUUUCUAAAC